AUGUCUAACGCUAACCGGGAUAGGAGGGGGAGUGUUCGGGCUGGUCUUUCACAGGUUCAUUCUACGUUGAAUGACGGUAUAUAUGAUGGUGCUCUUCCUGAGUUGAACUACGCUGAUAGAGAAGAACUUAAUGAUGAGCAUUAUGGUGGUGCUCCUUCAAUACCGCUAGAGGAUGAAGAAAGUAUCAGAACGAGCAAUGAAGAUUAUUCAGAGGAGGCGAAAGACCCUCAGGCAUAUGCUCCAGGUCCUGAAGGGGAUGAAAAGGGUAAACCUACACAGAACAAUAACCCAGAACCAACUAACACUUUAACCAAGACCAAGACUAGAUUCUUUUCACCCAACUUCAAGGAUCAACGUAAGAGGGUUGCUUAUAGAUGGCUCCUUGCUGUAUUCCUGCUGAUGUGUUUCUGUUUCACUAUCUUAGUGCUGAUGUGGGGUGUUCUUUAUAGGACACCUCACUAUGUUAGGCGUGCUAAGGUGCUAGCAGUGAUACAGGAAGAUCAGGUGUACCGUUUUAAUGACACUGUACAAUUUCCUUCGGUCUCUAGCCCACUUUAUGAUAUCAUUGCCGAAGUGCCUCUAUCUUGGGAGAUAUACAACGCAACCUCUUUCCAGAUUAAAUAUAAUGUUGAAGGUAUUGAAGCAAUGAAUCAGAAAGUCAUAGAUUUGGUUUAUAAAGAAGAAUUUUGGUUGGCAUUGAAUGUUCAGGGUAAUGUCACUGACACUCUCGUUAGAUCACUAAUAAGUGCAGAUUCUGAUGUGCAGUUCAAUUCUACAUCACUUUUCGAAGUAGUCUACGAAUCCGGACGUGAUAUCACAAACCUUCCUUCAGUAUUGCUGCCAGUUUUCCAAGGUAUUGAGGGUGUCUUCCAGAAAGUUUAUACUUAUCAGUACUUGCCCCAACUGUUAGGGAAUAUAACCAAUGGAGAUAAUUUUAAUCCUGCUCGGGUUGCUGCUGCAGGUAGGAUGAAGUUUAACUACAACGACUAUAGGCCAGUGACUGAUAGAGUUACCUUGUUGUCUACACAGAUUGGUGCUGUUUAUUGUUUGCUGUUGACUGUUUUCCAGUUCUUGGUGUUCGGUCCUCUGCAUGGUGAGAUGUCGAGGAUGAUUAAGUUCUCAAAUCUAUGGAUCUACCGUCUGAUUGUGUUAUGGUCUGUUUUGUUUUUUGUGUCAAUCUUCUGGUGUACUGUUUCAGCCAUGUACCAAGUUGACUUCACAAAAGCUUUUGGACGGGCAGGGUUUGUUGUGUACUGGAUGAGUACUUACCUGUAUAUGUUGGCCGUUGGUGGUCUGAAUGAGAAUGUCAUCAUGUUAAUCAUCCUGAUUAGUCCAUCAUACAUUGGGUUCUGGAUUUUAAGUUUUGUCAUACUGAACCUGGCACCAGCGUUCUUUGCCAUUGGUUACGCAAAUGUCUUUUACAGAUACGGUUAUGCAAUGCCACUGCACUGUAUUGUCGGCAUCAACAGAGUCAUCUUCUUUGACAUAUCGAAACACCAGCUAGGCAGAAACUACGGUAUCCUGUGUGCCUGGGUGGGCCUCAACACUAUAUCGAUGCCCUUCGUGAGUAAGUUCGUGCUGAAGACACUGCAUAAGAGAGCACGUAAAGCUGCCAUGGAGAAGUCCGGCUAA